AUGCCUAAGGAAAACUUAAGAGUAGUACUACCUCCAACUCAAGAUUCAAUAUCUAUUGUUGAUGGGGAUGAUGUGUCCUUAGUUGAUGACACUACCAACUUUGAGAGACCAAUAGGUAGGAAGGCCGAAAAGGCCAAUCGAAAGAAAAAGGCUAGUGGGAAAGAUGUUGGAGAAUACUUGGUAAAGAAUAUGAAAGUUAUUGAGGACUUACAAGAACAAGAAAAAGAGAGUCUCUGCAUCAAAGUGGAAAGUGUUCGAUUGGAAGAGUUGAGGGAUAAGGAAAGAAUUCAAUUGGAAGAGUUGAGAGAUAGGGAUAUAGUUCGAGUUGAGGAAAAAAGAAUUCAAUUAGAGGAGGAAAGAAUUAGAAAUGAAAGAGAAAAGCUUCGUAUCAAAAGUAUGAUAGAGGAUGAGAGAAUUAUGAGUUUGGACACAAGUGACAUGUCCGGAGCACUAAAACUUUUUUAUGAACAACUCCAAGAGGGAAUCCUUGCAAGACAAGCGUCAACAAUUGACAUUUGUCGAAAUGGUGACAAAAAGCUUGGGUUAUCUUCCUUUCAAAAGAUCACUGCUGCACUCAAGAUGCUUGCGUAUGGAGUAACGGGUGAUUUUAUCGAUGAGUAUGUGCGGAUUGGAGAAACCAUUGCCCUACAGAGUUUGGAAAAAUUUGUUACUGCUGUGGUUGAUAUUUUCUUUGAUGAAUAUUUGAGGAAGCCAAAUAAUGAAGACAUUGCUAGAUUAUUGGCCCAUGGCAAAAGGUUACCUGGGUCAAAUAAUGAUAUUAAUGUAUUAGAACGGUCACCUAUAUUUUCUAAGCUAGCACAAGGACGUGCUCCUCCAUUUAAUUACUCAAUCAAUGGUAAUAACUUCACAAUGGGAUAUUACCUUGCUAAUGGAAUAUAUCCAAAGUGGGCAACAUUUGUGAAGACUAUUCCAGCUCCACAAGGAGAAAAAAGAAAAUUAUUUGCAAAAGCCCAAGAGGCAUAUAGGAAAGAUGUUGAGCAUACAUUUAGAGUACUACAAGCACGAUUUGCAAUUGUUCAUGGACCUGCAUGA